UCACAAUUAUGACACUUAUUUUUUUCAACGUUUCGAACAACAAACAAACAACUAACCAUCAAAAGCAUUCAAAUCAACUCUUACUCUUCUUCUUUCAUGACUCUUACUCAUCAAUAUCAUCUCAAUCUCACUCCUCCAUUAAAAUCUCUGUGUAUCUCCUUCUUUCUCUCUCCUUCUCUCUUCUCCCUUUCUCUCUGCUCCUCUUCCCAUGGAUAUCAAAUCAGAUCCAUCUACCUCUUCUCCCAAUCCUCACCUCAUUAAUGACAAUCCUUCCAAACCUCCUAACAAUGGAACCAUCCCCAAUUCUACUCUCUUUUCUAACCCUAAUCCUAACACUAAUACCUUCAGAGGUUUUCAUCAUCGACGUGCUCAUUCCGAAGUUAGUUUCCGAAUACCCGACGAUAUGGAUCUUUCCUCCGAUCCUUUUACUGGAUCCUCCACUGAAGAGAUCGGAUCCGAGGAUGACCUCUUUAACACCUACAUUGACGUUGAUAAACUUGGUGCUUCCGGAUCGGGACCUCAUGUUGGGUUAGGACUGUCCGUCGACAUUAAUAAUGCUUCCAACAAUAACAAUGAUAAUAGUAAUAAUAAUGCAGCUGGGAGACCUCGUCAUCGGCAUAGUAAUUCUGUGGAUGCGACGACCUCGUCUGGUAGUGGUAAUGCCAAUGUUUUUGGUGAGAUUAUGGAUGCUAAGAAAGCUAUGCCUCCUGAUAAACUUGCUGAGCUUUGGACUAUUGACCCUAAGCGUGCUAAAAGAAUUUUAGCUAACCGUCAGUCUGCUGCACGCUCGAAAGAGAGGAAAGCUCGAUAUAUGUUGGAGUUGGAGCGGAAAGUCCAGACUCUUCAAACUGAAGCAACAACUCUUUCUGCUCAGCUUACCCUGUAUCAGAGGGACACAACUGGUCUGGCAACUGAAAACACAGAACUCAAGCUUCGGUUGCAAGCUAUGGAACAACAAGCACAGUUGCGAGAUGCGCUCAAUGAAGCAUUGAAGCAAGAAGUGGAAAGGCUUAGAGUUGCCACAGGCGAAAUGAUGAGCCCUUCAGAAUCAUUUAACUUAGGAAUGCAUGGCAUGCAGUACAAUCCCUCUGCCUUUUACUCCAUACCUCAGCAACAUGUUCCUCAAGGUCAACAGAAUAUGCAAUUGCCAUCGUAUCAUCAGUCUCAGGGCAAUUUGCACCAUAAGCCCAAUUCUCAAAACCCCUCAGAGUUUAUGCCAAAUGAUCAUUUGGGAAGAUUACAGGGCCUUGAUCUUGGCAGCAGAGGAUCACAUCUCGUGAAAUCUGAAGGUGCUACAAUGUCUGCCAGUGAAAGUAGCUCAACACUUUGACGCGCGCUCAAAGUUGAUGACUAGCUGACUCCUUCAGAAAGUUUGGUUUGUAGAUUGUUUAUAGACUGACAUCAUUCAAUUAGAUUAAGGUACUAAUUCUUUGUACCAUUUUUUCAUUCGAUCUGUAUCCUAAUUCUCUGGAAUCAAAUCUAUUUAAUUUGAUCUCUAGGGGAUCACUGUAGGCUGUUGAGUUGUUUUAUCUUCUCCAUUCUUUCUUCUAAUGUGGGAUGUUGUUGCAUGUUCGACUGAAAGGUCAUUCGUCAUGCUAGAAAAGGUUUCUGUAUCUUUUUCUCUUGUAACUUUUUUGUACUCAAAAAUUGAAUCAUUAUCCUUAAUACACUUUUUGUUGUAGUAUUAUUACACUUUCAACAGUGUUUGUAAACCAGAAACCGAAAGAUGGAUAUUCUUGCUGCUAGGACCCAAUGCUUUGUUUGUGUCAAGUAUCCUCUCCGGUGACCCCACUAAUGUUUUAGAUCCAGUUAUAUGUGAAUGUGAUGAAUCAAUAUAAGAGGGGUGGAAAAGUCUUUUAAUGAAAUUUCAAGAAAAGAAAUAUUAUUAACAAAUGGCAAUAAGCUUAUUAGGCUUGUUAGCUAUAAAUAUAAGAUGUAAUAAUUGGUUAGAGCAUGAAAUGAAUUCUUCCUCUCAAACCCAUCUUUUCUUACUCUCUGAUUAUUAACAUGCAAUUUUUUCUUCCUUUUAACUCUUACUCUCUCUCAGCCCUAAUUUCCAUCUUUCUCAUAUUAGCGAUUAGUGGGUUUAUUACAACUGGUAUCGGGGCAUUGCUCGAGCUAUGGGAAAUCCUACCAACCAAUAAAGAAUCGAUACUUACAGCAAGAACUGAACCUGCUUAAGGACCUACUGCCUUCAUAAAUACACGCUGAAAUUUCCGUCCUUGAAAAAAGGAUGAACAAAAAUUAGGAGGUGUUGAAGGAAGCGCUUGUUGCCAUGAAAAAAUGAGGGACAAGCUAAGCUUCAAAAAACAUUGAAGAAUCUGAUAUUCAGUGAAACCAAAAACACAAACAUACCAAACCCUUCAAAUUCGACCCACUAAACCAACCCAACCCAGAAACUUACACAAAACCUCGUUAUUCUUCCGCAUACCCAGUAACGAAUCUGGGAUUACACCCAAGCCAUAAAAUGUUAACUCAAUACUCAAAUGUGUCCC